AUGUUUGUGCUGCGGAACGUUGGCAAGCUGAUUUUUGGCUCGAGCACCCAAGAAUCUCUCAUCGACCUGCCUCAGGGCCAGCUAUACCUCGUCCGGCCCCUCUCCCCCAAGGGAUACUCGGAGCUCAUCUUCAAGGACUCGGCCAUUCGCAUCCGUCGCACCAAUCAAGACUUUCACUACCAGCUCGUCGCCCAGCGUGUCUUUGAAGAGGGCGAGGCUGAGCUUCUCGCCGAGGAAGAGGGCGACGACGCCGAACUCGACGCCCUUGCCGCCGAACGCGACGAGAAGACGUUUCUGCUCGACGAGGCGCUGCAUUUCAGGGUCGACAUCCGAGAAGGCGGCGAAAAGGUUCUGGCUUGGAGAGACCUGAGCGGAGACACCGGCGACCUCUACGAAUUUGUUUGCGACAGUCAGGUUUCGUCUGCCCAGGUCGAGCAGUUUGUCGCAGCUGCCCGGGAGUGCCAGUACGAGCGCAAGUACCGCAAGCCACAUACCACGGCAUCCGACGAGGACCUACAGCAGUUUGAGUUUCACGAGGAGUCCCCCAUUCCACCCGCGAGCCCCCUCCACAGCCCCACGCUGGCCCGAUCCAUCGACUCCAUCGACGACAUGUUUAAGCAGAAGAACGCGGCAAACUCCUCCGCCAGGCGGGAGCCCUCCUCCGCCCUUGUGCAGUCAUCGAAGCCGGAGGAGGCUUCCCACCCGACAGAGCCAAGCCCCGCUCCAGAGCCCAUCGACAUUUACGCUACCGUCACGGCGGAGCUGCAUCUCUUCGAUCCUCAGCCAGGCCACUUUGUCAUGAUCGACGACAGCGUCAUUACAACCGUCUCUGAGGUCGGGAAAUGGGAAUACUGGCUGCAGAUUGACGGCAAGGAAAGGUCUUGGCUAGGGACGCCGGUUGUUGCAGAGUUCAACCCGGUUUUCGACUUUGAGUAUCUCUCUUUUGUCUUCAACCAUUUCAGCGACGACGGCACGGCGAGAUCAUGGCUGCUGCGCUUCAAGGAUCAGUCGACGCUGGAAAGGUUUCAGCAGGCCAUCAUGCAGGCCAUUUGGGAGAAGUUGAAUGAGACAAAGUGGGCCAAGAUUCAGCAAAAGGAGCGCGAGUAUGUCCUCGACGCGUUCGGAGAUCUCCACAUGGACGAUGCGCCCCUUAAGGAAGACGACGAGCAGGAGGAAGACGAUCAGGAUGACCAUGAUGAGGCCGACGAGAGCAUUCGCAGCGAAUCAUACGACUCGGAAGACGACGACGCGGCCGACGAAGAGAAGGAAGGCGGCGAGGUCAACUCGCAACUUGCCGUCGGCUACAAGCACGAUCGUUCCUUUGUCGUCCGCGGAUCCAAGAUUGGUGUCUUUUCUCACACGCCCGACAACCGUCUCAGGUUUUCCACCAAUAUCUCCAAGGUGACAACGCCAAAUGGAAAGCUCAUGAGCCCGAAAAAGGUCAUGCUGCACAGCGAGGAUCGAGAUCUCAUCCUGCAGAACAACACCGACCCCAACAAGCUGUAUCGCAUGGACCUCGAAUACGGCAAGGUUGUCGACGAGUGGAACGUCCAUGACGACAUCCCUGUCGUCACCUUUGCCCCCGAGAACAAGUUUGCGCCGAUGACUUCGGAGCAGACGUUCCUCGGAGUCUCCAACAAUGCGCUGUACCGCAUCGACCCACGCCUCUCGGGCAACAAGCUCGUCGACGCGGAUAUGAAGCAGUACGCGUCCAAGAAUGACUUCUCGGCCCUCGCCACGACGGAGAAUGGCUACAUCGCCGUGGCGAGCAACAAGGGCGAUAUCCGCCUCUUUGAUCGGCUCGGUAUCCGUGCCAAGUCUCAGCUGCCCGCCCUGGGCGAUCCCAUUUCCGGCAUGGACGUGUCGGCCGACGGUCGAUGGAUUCUGGGCACCACCAAGAAUUAUCUCUUGCUCGUGGAUGCCCAGCAAAAGGGCGGCAAAAAUGAGGGCAAGCUCGGCUUUGAAAAGCCCUUUGCUGCCGACUCCAAGCCCCAGCCACGCCGCCUCGCCCUCACGCCGGAGCACGUCGCUCAGUUUUACCACGAGACGGGCAAGCCCGUUUCCUUCACCCCCGCCAAGUUCAACACGGGCGAGGGCACGGAAGAAACGAGCAUCAUCACCGCCACGGGCCCCUACAUCAUCGAGUGGAACCUCAAGCGCGUGCUCCGCGGCAUGAAGAGUGCCUACCGCAUCAAGCGCUACGAGGAUGUGGUCAAGGCCGACGACUUUAAGUUCGGAUCGGACAAGAACGUCAUCGUCGCGCUGCCCAACGAGGUCAACAUGGUGGCCAAGCAGAGCCUGCGGAAACCCACGCGCGAGAGCAUCAUUGGCAAUGUCCGGCUGAGUGGUGGGCGAAGAAGCUCGGCGCGGGUCGGAAACCUGGACAGCGGGAGGUACAAGCUCGGCAAGGACGAUAUCGUGAACUCUCCCUACUGA